AUUAACGUUAUAAACAAUAAAAAAAAAACUCGCUGUAGCUGAGAGUUUGAUUAGAGCUCUUCACGAGCUACAUUUAUAACUUUUUUAUUUUAUUUCACCUUUCUAUGUAAAUAACAUCGUUUUUGUGCAGAUACUGUAUUGUAACUGGUAUCGUUUUGUCGUUUUAAGUUAUCUAACGUUACUACUAUCUAUCUAUAAUAUAUUAAUUUUUAAACUCGCCUGGAGAUCGACAGUCUGGAGAUCGACAGUCUAUAAUUUAUUUUUAUAUCUUGCACUUAAGGUAAACAUCAUGCCUGUGGAAGUAUGGGUUGGUCCUUGGAAGCCCCACAGGCCAAGGGGCCCCAUUGCUGCAAUGUACAACAGUCCAGGGCCAACAUAUUCUCUGCCAGGGGCAACUGGAAUGAACAACCAUGACCCGCGGAUGCAGCAAGGCCCAGCGUUUAGCUUCGGCACACGUCAUCGUGACUCACACGCCAACUCUUCCCCAGGUCCUGGAUACCUCGUUCCCUCCAACAUCACCAGGGUGGGUCGGGAUGGAACCCCUGCAUACUCCGUCUAUGGCCGACCUAAGGAUAUUCAGCCCUUUAAAACCCCUGGCCCAGGCAGUUACUCCCCUGAAAAUGCAAUAAAAACCACUUUUCACUCUGCCCCUGCGUUCUCUCUGUCUGCAAGGACUAAACUGUUUCGUAAUGACCAAACACCAGGUCCAGCUGCAUACAUGCUUCCCCCAGUAUUAGGGCCAAGAGUUGUGAAUAAAGCAUCUGCCCCAAAUGUCUUCUUUGGCGGUCGUAGCGAAAUCGGCAGCUUCUAUGAAGAUCUGCGGAAGACUCCAGGCCCAGGGACCUACCAAGUGGUGAAUUCAGGGGUGUACAAACGCAAGUCCCCUGAGUACAGCAUGACUGGACGCAACUUCUCACCUGGAGACACUACAAAGAAACCAGGACCUGGGGCCCACCAUCCAGAAAGGGUUACUUUCACAGGAACCAAAGCUCCCAGCUUUUCUUUUGGAAUUCGACAUUCAGAGUACACCUUUCCUUUAAUUGUGGAUGGGGCUGAUUAAACAGGUCAAUUCUGUUAAACAA